AUGGGCUUUACUAAAGGUGUUAAAAUUACUGAAGGUGAUGUUACAAAAAUCAAAGAUUUAUCUGUAAAAUACAUUUAUAGUGAUAUCAGACGUUUCAGUAUUUUAGCUGAUUCUGAUUUUAGAAAUUUAGCAAAAGAAUUUAUUCGUUUAGGCGCCGUUUAUGGAGCAUUUAAUAUUAAUGAUGCAUCGCGUGGUGGAAAAAACCAUUUCACGGCACAUAAUGAUUUUUGCUGA